AUGAUUCAUGGUCCCAAUUCUUCUUUCUCAGGUGCCUUUAGUAUUGGCAAAAAAUCUCAAGGUAAUUUAAUGAUGAACUUCCUUAGCACAUGGAACUUAGAAUAACAAUCCUGGGUAUUCACUAUUCAAAUUAAUGUUAGACCUGAUCACUACAAUCUGACAACUCCUUAAUCAGGAGGAUUCCAAUUUUCUAAAUCAGUCCGUAAAUAACUUUAUGAACCUAAACCAAUUCCAGAACCUGGUGCAUAUGAUCCAAAUCUAUCGGUAUAUAAACAUUCAAUUAGAUUAUUCAACCUAAUCCUCCAAAUAUCAAAUUUAGUAAAGCUCAAGAAUAAGAGAAACUCCCUCUUGACAUUGGACCAGGUACUUAUAAUUGGAGUGAUCAAAAGAAAUCUCCAGCUUUUACUUUCUAAAAUAAAUUCGAAAAUCCAGUAAAUGAUGUUAUAAACACUCCUGGACCUGGUCAUUAUGACAUCAAAGAAAGUCAUUCACUUCAACCAAUUAAUAAAGGUUUUACAACAAGUAAUCGCUUAAAUAUGCUGCUUUCUAAUGGACCUGGACCUGGAUCUUAUAAUUUGGAAACUCUUAAAACAUAAACUAGUAUUAAGUAACCUUUUAUUUUAAGAAAUAGAUUUCCAAAAUAAAAGAGGACUAUUGAUAAACUUGAUCCAACUCCUGGACCUGGGGCAUUUUUAUCAAUUUUGCCUAACAAAUAAGGGAUUUCAUUUGGAAAGAAAUUAUAAGCUUAAAGUGAAAAGUAAUUUGUGCCUGGACCUGGUACAUAUCAAUUAAAAUCUUUUGCAGAGUAAAUCUCUAAAGGAACAAAGUAUAAUUAAAUAUCAUGUUAAUUAAGAAUUGGAACCUCUAAUAGAAGUCAAAUGCUAUUGUAAUAAGGACCUUCUCCUUUAAAUUAUGAUAUAUCUCUAUACAAGCCUCCGUCUAAAUAUUCAAGUUUUGGAAAUGCAGAAAGAAAAACAAUGUAAGAGAAAGGUGAGAAUACUCCUGGACCUGGAUCAUAUUAUUUAGGAGUAAGUCUUUCUAAAUAAGGACCUAUAAUUGGUAAGUCUUCAAAAGAAUAAAUGUUUAUUCAUGAUUCUUUACCAGUAAUUGAUAAAUUUUAUUUUUUAGGGUCCAGGAAAAUAUAACUUAAAUGAUUCAUUUUCAAGAGGACCCAGUUAUCAUAUUGCAGGCAAAUAUGAUAAACAAUAAGAGUAAUCUCUUGUGGGUCCAGGAAGAUAUUAGAUUAAUAGGGAUAUUAAUGAUGGUCCAAAAUUCAAAUUUUCUACUAAAGAAAAGACAGAUUCUAAGGAACAUUCUUAAUCAUAAUUCUAUGAUAUUCAGGCUAGUCUUGGAUUUAUACCAAAAUAUUUACUAUAAAAUUGA